AUGACGACGAAACCGUAUAAAAAAAGUAAAAGUUCAAGUCUGUAUUCAACAUUUGUUGAUGCUUAUAUGAAAGCUCGACCUAAUGAAAAACGAAACAUAAAACAUUAUAAUGCUCAACUUGAAUGGAAUGCAAUAAGUUGGAAUGAUGAAUAUGUUAAAGAAAAAACUGAAGAAUAUUUAGAAAUAUUUAAUAAACUUGGUGCAUCUUCUCAACAAUGUUUUGAAUAUGUAUCAUCAACGAAUUCUUCAGAUUCACCAAGAAUAAAACGUGGCCGACCAACAAAAGCAAACAAAAAAGAAGAUUCAAAUGAAACAAUAAAUCAAGAUAGUAAUGAAAAUAAUGAUCAAGCAAAAGAUAAGAUAGAAAAUAAGAAAAGAAAUUAUACACAUAAAAAACGUAAACAAAUCGAAGAAGAAUUGUUUGAAUCUCUAGAUAAAAUACCAAUUACAAGUAAUCUUCCAUUUGAACCAUUAUCAAAAGAAAAAAAACGACCUGCACAAGAACGUCUUUAUAAAGAAUUAAGUGCUAUUAAUGAACGAAUUGUUUCUUUAGUACAAGUUAAACAAAUGGGUUUAUUAACAGCAGAAAAUAGACAACAAUUAAAACAAUUAUUGAAAGAUAGAAGAAAAAAAGCUUAUGCCAUCAGAUAUCUUCAAGGAUGUCAAAGAGCUACAAAUAGAUAUAGAGAGAAACAAAGAAAAAUAGUUCAACAUUUAUAUGAGACAAAACCUGAACUACAUCCACAAUUAAGAAAAAUUUAUCGUCGUGGUGGUAAGCGACGACGAAUUGAAGAAAAAUAUCCUGAUUUAUUAGAAACAAUUGAAGAAAUUGCAAGAGCUGGUGGAGCAUGCGAUGAUGGAAGACGAUCGAGAACUAUACGACCUUGUUUAACAUUAGAUGAUUUAAGAGACAAACUUAAACAAAGAGGUUAUGAUAUUACAAGAUCAACAUUAUAUGAUCGUCUGUUACCUCGUCGUCCAUUAUCAAAAGAUGGUCGUCGUCAUACUAAUACUGCUCCAGUACGUCUUCGUCGUGCUCGACAUGAUGAUCAUGCAAGACAUGAAGAUGGCCAUUUUGCUACAGCAACAAUACGUUAUAUAAAAGAUUUAGCUUCAAUAUUUGGCAAUAAUUGUGUUUUUUAUUUAUCACAAGAUGAUAAAUGUAAAGUUCCAUUAGGUUUACCUGCAGCUAGACUUCAAGCAUCAAUGUUAAUGCAUUUGGAUUAUCGAAUACGUUUACCAGAUCAUGAUUGGAUUGUUGCACCUCGACAUCAAUUAAUACCAAGUGUAUAUGCUGGAUGCCUUUUAUCUCAAGAUGGAGAUUUAAGUUAUUCAGGUCCAACAUAUAUAGCUAUACGUUCAGCUAAACAUGAUUUAUCAACUGCUGAAUCUCAUGCGAUAGAUUUUGAUCGUCUUGUUUGUUUAAAAGAAUUUGAAAAUGUAGCACGUAAUGAAACUGGACAAGUCAAACCGAUUGUUAUUGUUACGGUUGAUGGUGGUCCUGAUGAAAAUCCACGUUUUCCUAAAACACUUGUUUCAAGUAUUAAAAAAUUUAAAAAAUAUAAUUUAGAUGCACUUUUUGUUCUCACACAUGCUCCUGGUCAAUCAGCUUAUAAUAUAGUUGAAAGUCGUAUGGCACCAUUAUCUCAUGAUCUAGCUGGUCUUACAUUACCAUAUGAUCAUUUUGGUUCACAUUUAAGUGAUUCAGGUGUAACAAUAAAUAUUGAUUUAGAAAAAUUAAAUUUUCGUAAAGCUGGACAAAUCUUAGCUGAAACAUGGAAUCAAACUGUUAUUGAUGGAUUUCCAUGUUUUGCUGAAUAUAUUAAUCCACCAAUGACAUCAAAAGAUGAACGGCGACGAGUGGAUACUAAAAUUAUCAUGGAUGAACUUUUACGAAAAAUUUGUGCUGAAGAAGAAGCAGAAGAAGGACAUGAAUUUCGUAUUCAUGCAUCGGAUGAAUAUUAUGAAGAAAAUGCUCGUGCACAAAGAGAAAAUUUAGGUGAACAACCAAGAUAUGAUAUUGAUGAAUAUUGGUGUUCUAUACAUGUUGUACAAACACAAUAUACAUUACAAAUUAUUCGUUGUAAUUCAAUUAAAUGUUGUGGUUCAUGGCGUUCGAAUUAUGUUCAAGUAUUUCCUCAUCGAUUUUUACCAUCACCUGUACCAUUUGAACGUACUAUGUAUGGUAUUAGAAUGGCUGAGAAAGAUUAUCAAAAAGGACAAUUUUAUGGAUCGUUAUUUCAACGAAUUCAAUUUCAUGGUAUUGUUAUUCAGCAUACUCAGAAUGAAAUGUUACCAUUUGAUUAUUGUUGUCCAUCAAUAAAAAAAGAAUUAAAAAGACGUACAUGUAAAAUAUGUAACCAAUACAUUCCAUCAGCAUAUCGUAUGAAAAAUCACUAUAAAAUUCAUGCACAACAUUAUGAAGAUUUUGAUCACGAUCAAGAUGAUACAUUGCCGCCACCAGCAAUAGAUGAUAAGACAAGAAAUUCAAAUGAAAAUCAAUCAACAACAAUAUCUACACUUAAAACAGAAAUUUUAGAUUGGCUUCAAUCAGAUUUUGAUAAGUGUGAUUAG